AUGGGUACCGUCUUCCUGCUCGCCGACGAGACCAAGACGUCGGCUUUGCAUCGACAAAUGUUGAAGCGGGCGGCGACUGCAACGGGGGAGGAAGCUCUGGAGACGGCGAUCACCAACAUUUUCUCGGGCCGACCAGCUCGAGGAUUCGUGACGCGUGUGAUGCGGGAGCUGGGUCCCAUGUGUGCUGCAGCGCCAGAGUUCCCCACGGCUGGAGCACCACUCGCUGCGCUCAAGAAGGCUGCGGAGGUAAAUGGAGACACGGCCUUCUCGUCCAUGUGGUCGGGUCAGUCACCGGGCUUUGCGAAGGAGAAAUCUGCCAAGAACAUUGUGCGCUCAUUUUCAAACCUUCUCCGUGAACACGUUUGGGGCAAAAGGCAACGUCCUUAG